AUGGAGGUGCCGCGGGGCCCGAAGAAGCCUCUCUCACAGAGAAGAGCCCGGUCCUGGGACAGGUCGCAGAAGCCCAGGAAGGACCUGGAGUCCCGGGAAGGCCAGUACCUCUCCCUGCCCGCCACGCCCCCCAGACCAGCGCCUGCGGGGAGGGCCCACGAUGGCAGCCGGCACCUCAGCGGCCCAGGGUCUCAGGAGGCUCUCAGCCUGGAGGCGGCCAGGGAGCUGCUGACCAGCGAGCAGAGGCCUCCGCGGGACAAGAAGGACAAGGCCCAGAGUCGCAGCCAGCAGGGGUUGCUGAAGACGGUGCUGAACUUCUUCCUGAGGACAAGCCCCGAGGAGGCCAAGGACAAGGCCGCCAGGAGGGCCAGGGCGAAGGAGGGCCUGCCCCCGCCCGCAGAAACCUCGGAGCCCAGGAAGAAAGCCCACGACAAGAAGGCCGGCCGCAAGAAGCAUGGCCACAGGAAGCACGGGGACGGGGACGCCAGGGGGGCCCCAGGCCAGGAAGCCGGAGGCCGGGACACAGCUGCUGCCUGGCGCUCCCAGGAGGCCGACCCGGGCCCAGGACCCAGAGGCGGGGCGGAUCCUGAUCCCCACCAGUCCGCGCUCAUCGAAGGCCGGGGUGCUGGGGCCUCGGAGCCUUCUUCCCAAGCCACGGGCCCCCGGCCGGAGGAGGAGCCCCAGAAGCUUGACCAGGAUACUAUCAUCCAGAUGAUAGUGCAGCUGCUCCAAGCCGUGGGAGACGAGUGGGAUGAAGAGGUGAGGAGCCAAGGAGAGCGAGAAGUGGCCCCACAAAACCCAGCCCCAGCCCCAGCCGUCGUCAGGAAGAAAUCCCAGGAGAGAAAGCCCAGCCUCAGGAGAACCUCCUCUCAUAAGAAGCAGGGCUCCGAGGAGCCCAGGAGAGCGGGGGCUGCGGAUGCUCCCAGCCCGGAGUCCCGGCCGUCCAAGAGGCCCAGCUUCCUGUACAUGUGCGUCGGGGGCCACCGGGCCUCCAUCUCCAGCAGCGUUGACUUGGAAGAACCUGAAGUCCAAGAGGCCUCGUCUACAGAUUGUGGGGGUCCAAGUCCCUUCGAACUCUCCAUCCACUCAGGAAGCCCGGAGCCCGGAGAGGACUUGCAGCCGGACAAAGCCUCGGAGUGCAAGGAAUUUAUCCAGAAGAUCGUCGCCCUACUCCAAGAUGCAGAGGAGCAGGAGGGGGAGAAGCAACUCCAAGUCCAGGAGCCAGAGGUGGCCUCGGAAAACCCGGCCCCACCCUACAGGAAGAAAUCCCAAGAGAAGAAGUCGAGCUUCCGAAAAGCCUUUUCCCAUAAGAAGCAUGGCUCCAAGGAGCCUAAGAGAGCGGGGGCUGCAGGUGCCGCCAGCCCGGAGUCCCGGCGGCCCAGGCGGCCCACCUAUCUGCCCCUGUGUGUGGGGGGCCAUCGGCCCUCCAUCUCCAGCAGCGUUGAUCCGGAGGGUCCUGAGUUCCGGGAGUCUUCGCCUGCAGAAGGGGGCCGAGUUGGAUCCUCAGAAUCACCCUCCCAGGCCAGAAGCCACGAGCCAGAAGGGAGACCCCUGCCGGACGGAGCGUGUGAAUCUAGGGAGCUGGUCAUCCAGCAGCUGGUGGCGCUCCUCCCAGGAGUGGAUGGCCAUUUGGGGGAGCAGAUCAGGCGACACCCCAGCCUUAAGAAGUUUUUCUACCAGCUCCCCGACGCCUCCCUCAGAAAGCUGGCGGCCACCCUGCGCAGACGGGGCGCCUGCUCCCCUGCGCCCUGCAGGGGCCUCCCGGAGAGGCCCUACCAGUUUGCCUUCGACUUGGCCAACAAGUACGCCGGCAGGAGUGGGCACACAGCCCUCAGCCUGAUGGGCCUGCGCUACCCCCAGCUCCCACACACGGAGGCCCAGCAGAACAUCACAAGUCUUGACUUCCAGAGUCCAGAUUAAAAGCUGUGCCUUGCACUCAAGUGCCCUUGAACUAGUCAAGCAAUUGGUGGCUUUGCCAGGAGACCCCGAAGAUGCUCCAUGAUUGUCCCAAUCCGCUGCUUCCCAGACACGACUGCAGACAGAGGACAGCCUUCCGUGUCCUCACAUCGCCGUGGGCGUGAGACUGAGAGUGCACGACGCAUUCUCCCACAGAGCGACAGGCAGACACACCCUGUUGGGAGAAAUAGCACUGGACUGGGAGUUAGGAGACGCCGGGCUUCAACUGCUGACCUGCUUCAAACUUGCUGCAAGACCCUGCAUGUCCCUGUCCCCUCAGACCUUGGAUUCUGGGUGGAGGGGACCCACUGUGUCCCUUCUGGUUCUGUGUUCCGAAAUCUGUCUAAAGAGGGGUGGUGAGUGCUUUUCUGCUGCGGCUAAACAUAGCCUCCCCACUGAGCUGGAGGCACUCGCCGAAUGAAUGAAUGAAUGAAUGAACAGAAAGGUGGAGAACUCCUGAGAUCCAGGCAGCUUGUCAGGCAUCCCUGGAGGCCUUGCUCCUCAGCUGGAAUUGUACAACCAGGGGUUCUGUCUCUACGCUGUGGGGUGGGGAGGAAGUGGGGGAGCCACCUCGACAAGCACUGGACCAAAGUCUGCAUUCUGGGGACAGCCCUGGUGCCCACUUGUGCCCUUGAGUGUCUCCUGGUUUUCACUUUCAUUUAAGAGUUACCAAGUCCUUAAUCUUAUUUUUUUUUACCGGCAUGUAUUUUAUUGACCCACAGAGCUAAAAAUAUGGCUACUAACAUAUAGAACACCUGCUGACAUUUUUUUCAGGUGCUGGUUUUAAAUGAAUCUUAGUUUCAAAAGUACAUUGAACCUCUUGCCAGAACAUCCACAUGCAUUUGAACAGGUGUGCCUCUAUGUGCGACACAUCAUUUAUUCAGUUGACAGGGCCCACAGGGACUUGUAGACGCCGCCCAGGAACUCUGCAGGCCAGAGAGGGAGGACCUACGCACUGGGGCUCGCUGUCUCAGACCUUGCAGCCCUGCGUCCUGUAAUUCUAUGGGCAGAGAAAGGAAGCCGGUGCCUUGCAGCCUCGUGUGGGCGUUUGCCGAGAGCGAGUGAGAAGUGAGUGUGAAGGUUCUGAAGAUGGCAUAGUGCCUUGUCCACUGUGUCAUUGUCAGAUAGUGUUAUUAUAGCCACAACGCGGUAGUUUUCAGGAAAUGGGGAGGGU